UCAUUCCCUUUCGGCCCGUUAUUCAAAUCAGAUCGCUUUUCCACGGCCACCGAAAGCACAAAUCCGAAAAGAUGUUCAAAAUUCUAAGUGAAGCAGCUAAAGGAAUCCCGACCAUGAAGCAACUGGAAGCGGCUGGGAAACUGACAAAAAAUCGACCAUACUCCUCUUCGGGCAAAAAACGUACUGAUGAAGGACUGACGGAUUUUAGCAAACGGAAAGAUUGCACACAAAAGGCCUGCAUGGAUCGAGCAUUACGGAAACCGGAGGUGGAAGUGCCACCAUGUGAGAAAGCGGCCAGUCCGAAAACAUGGCGCACUUGUCCCGAACCUCCAAAGCCAAAAGAGUUUUCAUGCGACGAUACUCUGAAGCAGAAAGUACCCCAGCGUAAGAAACGAGCCGUUGCUUCUAGACCUGCCUGCUCACAUCCGUCGCCUAGUGUUGAGGCGUUAGAGUGCGUAAAAGUGAAGAAGGAUUUGUGUCCCCGUAUCGGUACACCUUGCUGUGUGAAGUUCAAGUUCCCUCCAAAGUGCCCUCCCAAGAAAGUUGUACGUGAUUGUAUUAGAUUGAAGCCGCCAGUCGCGUCGUUUUCGGAAUGCUACAAGAACCCUUUCCCGCCACAGCCUCGUUCGGAAUGCACGUGUCUUACGACGCCUAAAAUUUGUAUGUGAUUGAUCCGAGCAGAAAGCAAUCCAGCGUACCAACUAAUAAAUACGAUACCUCCAACGUAACGGUGAUCUUAAAGCCCCUGAUAUUAGAUUAGGCACGAGCACCCUUUCCUGCCUAUCCAUUCCAGACGAACUAUUCCCAUCUUCCCUUAACUGCUUCACAAUCAACCACCGUUUGGAACUCCUGAUUUUAGUGUUUAAUUAUCCAGUGGAGUCGUAGUUAGUGAAGGAGUAGUACGUAUUUUGCUACUUUUUUUUAUUUGCAAUGUAGGUACAAAUAGCUGAACAAAAUUGGAAUGUUGCAUUUUCGAUACAAUACAAAUUUUGAAUGAUG